CUCUCGUCCAGACCCAGCACCGCUUCCGUCGAGGACGCCGCUGCCGCCUUCCGAUCCACCACGCCGUUGCCGGACUUUCCUCUGCCGCCACCACCAGAAUAUGGAUCUAUUUCCAUUGGAACAACCAAAUACAGUAAUGUAAUAUUUAGGAAUUUGAGAAAGAUUCUAAUAUAGAAUCAAACACAGUAAUGUAUUAUUCUUAGGAAUCAUAUUACCCUCCAUCACUUUCUCGAGAAUAUGAUUCCUACUGAUUCCUGCAUACCAAACAUCCCCAAAGUAUAAAGCCCGUUGUUAAGUAGGCGCGGCCAGCCUCAAUAACUAUCGUACUCGGAGCGCGCUCCAUCGUAGCAGAAGCUUCAUCGUCGGAAAAAGAGAAAUCGCAACAAUUUUACUCCAAAAAAAAAAAACUCAGCUUAUUUCCAGUUGCAAUAGGUUAGGUUUUGCAGAAAAGAAUCAACAAUGAAGCUGGAUGUGAACGUUCUCAGAUACUUGUCAAAAGAUGAUUUUAGGGUUCUUACUGCUGUCGAGAUGGGAAUGAGGAAUCACGAAUUAGUACCUUCCGAGCUCAUCCAUCGUAUAGCUAGUCUCAAGCACGGGGGUACGUAUAAAGUUUUGAAGAAUUUGCUCAAGUAUAAGCUGUUGCACCAUGACUCUUCCAAAUACGAUGGGUUUCGCCUCACAUACCUCGGUUACGAUUUUCUUGCAAUUAAGACUAUGGUCAAGCGUGGGGUCUUCGUUUCUAUUGGUCGUCAGAUUGGUGUUGGAAAAGAGUCCGAUAUCUUUGAAGUCGCAACCGAAGAUGGUACAUUGCUAGCGGUGAAAUUGCACCGACUUGGCAGAGUUUCUUUUAGGGCUGUCAAAGCUAAGCGUGAUUACUUGAAACAUCGAAGAAGUUACAAUUGGCUCUAUUUGUCCCGCCUUGCUGCCCUAAAGGAAUUCGCUUUUAUGAAGGCCUUGCAAGAACAUGGUUUUCCUGUUCCUGAUGCUGUUGAUUGUAAUAGGCAUUGUGUGGUUAUGUCACUUGUUCAAGGGUAUCCUCUUGUGCAGGUAAGGCAAUUGCAAAAUCCAGAGGUGGUUUUUGAAACAAUCAUCGGUCUUAUUGUUCGACUGGCAGAACAUGGUCUCAUUCACUGCGAUUUCAAUGAGUUCAACUUAAUGAUUGAUGAUGAUGAGAAAGUCACCAUGAUCGAUUUUCCACAAAUGGUUUCUAUAUCCCAUCGCAAUGCACAGAUGUACUUUGACCGUGAUGUGGAAUGCGUGUUCAAGUUUUUCAGAAAGAGGUUUGAUUUGACUUUUGAAGAGCAUACAGUUGAUGCUGAUGGCACAGAGGCUGAUACAGACGAAAGUGGCCGAAUUUGCUUUUCUUCAAUAACCAAAGAUGCUGGUUUUCUAGACAAGGAACUUGCUGCCAGUGGGUUUACAAGAAAGGAUCAGGAAGACAUUCAGCAGUUCAUUGAAGGAGGUAUAGAGGAGGAUGCUAGUGAUAGUGAUGAAGGAACAGAAGACGACAUAUCCAUCUCUGGUACUAAUGAAGAAAUCGUCGAAGGUGUUGAUUCUCUGCACUUGCUAGAUCAGGAACAGCCAACGUUAGAUUGUGCAAAGGCAGAUAAACUGGAAGACAGACAACAAUGUGAAGCAGGUCCAAGUAGCGGACCUGAUACUCAGAACACAAUUGACGAGGAUGAUCAGUCCACGGAUGAAAACGACGAAAGACUGGUAAAGAGCUUAAACAAGCAGAGGAAACAUGCCAUAGCAGCAGCUCACAGAGGACGGAAGACCGUUGCCUCUAGAAACUCCUACAAAGACAAGGGUGGUAGGUCCUCUUACAAUUCCAAAAUCAAGAAACAAUUGUGCAGCUGGUGAAAGGAUCACGCAAUAGUUGGAGCUUUUAAUUAAAUUUAUGCGCGCGCGUGUUUUUUCUCCUACCAUUUCGCACCUCCUUGCCGAAUGGUUGUGCCAUAUGAAGGCUGUUGUGAAGCAUGGUGAGAAAUUCAAUUUUGACAAUUAAAUAGCCUGCGAUGUAGCAGAUACAUAGCUUCAGUGACUGGAUAAAUAUUUAUAAUCGAAGUGCUUCGUGGGGGUUAUCACUAAUAAAUAUGUUUAUUUUAAGUUUUGAGAGUAAAAAACCAUUGUAUUGGUUAUUUGCAAGCAUUUCUUUAUGCGGCCUCAGGGAUAGAGAAAAGGAAACAAAAUGGUAAUAUGUUGCAAUAAUUUUGGUCGAAGCAGAA